GGUCCUAAGCGUCAACAGCAUGCCCCGGUGAGAAGACUCUUGUGGGGAAGCCCAGCGCGCUUUGGGCGCCUGCUGGUUGGGGGUGUCUCCUCCUGGGGCGCCAUGGCGGCGCUGGCCAGUAGCCUGAUCCGGCAGAAGCGAGAGGUCCGUGAGCCCGGGGGCAGCCGGCCGGUGUCAGCGCAGCGGCGCGUGUGUCCGCGCGGCACCAAAUCCCUUUGCCAGAAGCAGCUCCUCAUCCUGCUGUCCAAGGUGCGACUGUGCGGGGGGCGGCCUGCGCGACCCGACCGCGGCCCGGAGCCUCAGCUCAAAGGCAUCGUCACCAAACUGUUCUGCCGCCAGGGUUUCUACCUCCAGGCGAAUCCCGACGGAAGCAUCCAGGGCACCCCAGAGGACACCAGCUCCUUCACCCACUUCAACCUGAUCCCAGUGGGGCUCCGUGUGGUCACCAUUCAGAGUGCCAAGCUGGGUCACUAUGUGGCUAUGAACGCUGAAGGGCUGCUGUACAGCUCGCCACAUUUCACAGCUGAGUGUCGCUUUAAGGAAUGCGUCUUUGAGAAUUACUAUGUCCUGUACGCCUCUGCUCUUUACCGCCAGCGCCGUUCUGGUCGGGCCUGGUACCUAGGCCUGGAUAAGGAGGGCCAGGUCAUGAAGGGAAACCGAGUCAAGAAGACCAAGGCAGCUGCCCACUUUGUGCCCAAGCUCCUAGAGGUGGCCAUGUACCGGGAGCCUUCUCUCCACAGUGUCCCUGAGACUUCCCCUUCCAGUCCCCCUGCCCCCUGA